GGUGUGUGCUGCAUGAAUAACAACCGAAAAUACAAACUGUGCCUUGCUAUGUUAGCCACCAAGGAGCUUCCUAACGUUAGCUAGCAGAUAAAAUAACAUUUAUUUUUUUCGGACUUGGAAAAAUGACAGUUUGUGGAGGAAACUGACGAAAACAUCUUCUUUGCACACCACGCGACGUUUUGGAUUUAUUUGGCUUCGGUUCCUUAUUUGAUUUAAAAACGAGCUGAGAGAUACCCUUGUGCUUGGGGGUCCGGAGCAGUCGAAGCCACCUACUCCAGCAGAUCCAGAAAAUGUUAAAGAAAUGAUAGCAGCGCAGGAUUUGCACUCAGAGCUUCAAUUUCCCCAAGAGACAGAAUCUCAGUUGUCUUCAGAUACUGACUUUGAGGAUCCUGAUGGCAGAAGUGCGAAGACAGGAAAAGGCCUGCUGGCGGCCAGGAAAGGGAAGAAGGCGCUCGGAGACAAGGCCAAAGGUGUGGGAGCAGGGAGGAGCCCUGGGGUUGGCCGGGUGAAUGGCCAUCAUCAGGAGAACGGGAUAGAGAAUAUGACCCUGUUCGAGGUGGUUAAAGCAGGGAAGAGUGCCACACAGGCUGUUGUUGAUGACUGGAUCGAGGCAUACAAACAUGACCGAGACGUCGCUCUCUUGGACCUAAUCAACUUCUUCAUUCAGUGCUCUGGCUGCAGAGGUGCUGUGAGCGGAGAGAUGUUCAGAAACAUGCAGAACUCUGAAAUCAUCCGAAAAAUGACAGAGGAGUUUGAUGAGGACAGCGGCGACUAUCCAUUAACUCUGUCAGGACCACAGUGGAAGAAAUUCAGGAUAAGCUUCUGCGACUUCAUAGCAGUCUUGGUGCGUCAGUGUCAGUACAGCAUCAUCUACGACGAGUACAUGAUGGACACAAUCAUCUCACUGCUCACCGGCCUGUCUGACUCACAGGUCAGGGCGUUCAGACACACAAGCACACUAGCAGCCAUGAAGUUGAUGACAGCCUUGGUGAACGUGGCUCUGAAUCUAAGCAUCAAUAUGGACAACACGCAGAGGCAGUACGAGGCGGAGAGGAACAAGGUCGUUGCCAAAAGAGCCAAUGAUAGGUUGGAGCUGCUGUUACAGAAGCGUAAAGAGCUUCAAGAAAAUCAAGAUGAAAUUGAAAACAUGAUGAAUGCAAUUUUCAAAGGAGUGUUUGUUCACAGAUAUCGUGACGCCAUUGCUGAAAUCCGAGCAAUUUGCAUUGAGGAGAUUGGGGUGUGGAUGAAGCUGUACAGUGACGCCUUCCUCAAUGACAGUUACCUGAAGUAUGUCGGCUGGACUAUGCAUGACAAGCAAGGUGAGGUGCGACUGAAGUGCCUGACUGCCCUGCAAGGCCUCUUCUACAGCAGAGAGCUCGGUGCACGACUGGAGCUCUUCACCAGUCGCUUCAAGGACCGCAUUGUGUCUAUGACUCUGGACAAGGAGUAUGAUGUCGCAGUGCAAGCCAUUAAACUACUGACACUCGUCCUACAGAGCAGUGACGAGGUUCUGACAGCGGAGGACUGUGAGAGUGUUUAUCAUCUGGUGUACUCAGCACAUCGACCCAUCGCUGUCUCCGCCGGAGAAUUUCUGUUUAAGAAGCUCUUCAGCCAUCAAGGUCCAGAGGAGGAGGGAUUACCCAGGAGGGGCCGGCAGAGCCUUAACGGCAGCCUUAUUAAGACCACUGUCUUCUUCUUCUUGGAGAGUGAGCUCCAUGAACAUGGGGCCUACUUGGUGGACAGCUUGUGGGAUUGUGGGUCAGAUUUGUUGAAAGACUGGGAAACUAUGAUCAGUCUGCUGUUGGAUGAGCCCAUGCCAGGCGAAGAGGCCUUGACUGAUCGCCAGGAGACGGCUCUGGUGGAGAUCAUGCUCUGUGCCAUUCGGCAGGCGUGUGAAUGUCACCCUCCAGUAGGCAGAGCCACGGGAAAGAGGGUCCUGACUGCAAAGGAGAAGAAAACACAGCUGGAUGAUAGAACUCGGAUCACAGAGAUGUUUGCAGUAGCGUUGCCUCUGUUACUGGCAAAGUACUGCGUCGAUAUUGAUAAAGUGACCAAUUUGCUACAAAUACCAAAGUACUUUGAUCUUGACAUCUACACAACUGGCCGGUUAGAAAAGCAUCUGGAUGCCUUGUUGCGGCAAAUCUGGGAGGUCCAGGAUAAGCACACAGACACGGAGGUCCUGGAGGCCUGCUCUACCACCUACCACUCUCUCUGCAACGAGGAGUUCACCAUCUUCAACCGCGUCGACAUCGCUCGCUCCCAGCUGCUCGAUGAGCUCGUAGACAAGUUCGACAGACUCUUGGAGGACUUUCUACAGGAGGGUGAAGAACCAGAUGAGGAUGAUGCCUACCAGGUUUUAUCAACACUCAAGAAGAUCAGCGCCUUUCACAAUGCACAUGACCUGUCUAAGUGGGAUCUCUUCACCAGCAACUACAGGCUACUCAACACAGGUCUGCAGAAUGGGGAUAUGCCUGAACAGAUUGUGAUUCAUGCAAUGCAGUGCACACAUUACAUCAUCCUGUGGCACCUGGCCAAGGUUUCAGACGGCACUUCGUUAAAGGGUGAUAUGGUGACCUUGAGAAAGCAAAUGAGAGCUUUCUGCCUCAUGUGUCAGCGCUACCUGAACAGCAUCAACACGGCAGUUAAAGAACAGGCCUUCACCAUACUAUGUGAUCUGCUAUUGAUCUUCAGUCACCAAAUUAUGUCUUCAGGCCGGGAACAACUGGAGCCUCUGGUCUACACGCCAGACUCCUCUUUGCAGGCCGAGCUGCUCAACUUCAUUCUGGAUCAAGUGUUCAUUGAUCAGGAUGAUGACAGCAGUACAGAUGGACAGCAAGAUGAUGAAGCCAGUAAAAUCGAGGCUCUGCAUAAGCGAAGAAAUCUUCUAGCUGCCUACUGCAAGUUAAUCGUUUACAAUGUUGUAGAAAUGAACACUGGAGCAGAUAUAUUUAAACAAUAUAUGAGGUAUUAUAAUGACUAUGGAGAUAUCAUCAAGGACACGAUGAGUAAAACAAGGCAAAUUGACAAAGUUCAGUGUGCAAAGACACUCGUAUUGAGCCUGCAGAUGCUGUUCAAUGACAUGCUGUCUGAGCUUGGCUUCAGUGUUGACCGCUCAUCGUCAGCCUUCUGUGGCAUCAAAGAGCUCGCCCGGCGCUUCUCAUUGACGUUUGGAUUGGAUCAGAUGAAGACCAGAGAGGCAAUCGCCAUGUUACAUAAGGAUGGAAUUGAGUUUGCUUUUAAAGAACCCAGUCCCCAAGGAGAGGGCGGUCCUCCGCUUAAUUUAGCCUUUUUGGACAUCCUGAGUGAGUUCUCCAGCAAACUCAUUCGGCAGGACAAGAGGACAGUUCACAUGUACCUGGAGCGAUUCAUGACGUUUCAGAUGGCCCUGCAGCGAGAGGACUGCUGGCUGCCCCUCAUCUCAUACCGGAACUCCCUGCAGGUUGGAGGGGAUGACGACACCAUGUCCAUCAUCAGUGGGAUGAGCAGUCGAGGGUCCACCGUCAGGAGUAAGAAGUCCAAACCAGCAGCUGUUAGCAAAAGGAAACUGCCUGAAGAAGAGAACAGCUGCAGCAGCACGGAUGCCGUUUGGAUGAACCGCGAGCAGAACGUGCAGACGCCGGUGAUGAUGCCCUCGCCCCACCUCACCUCCACUGUACUGAGGGAUCCAAAGAAGAUGAGGCCAGAGGACAGCUUCGCGGCGGCAUACGCCAUGCCAACAGAGCAGCAUCCCCAUCAGCCCGUCCCUCCCCAGCAGCAGCAACACCAUCACCACCAGGAUACCAUUGAUUACAAUACCCAGGUUACAUGGAUGUUGACACAGAGGCAACAAGCUGAGGCCCGUCAGCAGCAGGACCGGGUCAGCAUGCACUACGCCAAGAUGAGGAACCACAUGCAGCAAACGAUUCGUCGAGGCUCUGGACUCAUGGAGGAUGACGAGGAGCCGAUAGUGGAGGAUGUAAUGAUGUCAUCAGAGGACCGCUUGGAGGACAUCAAUGAGGGCAUGGAUUUUGACACGAUGGACAUCGACCUGCCGGCAUCAAAGAAUCGCAGAGAAAGAACUGAACUAAAGCCGGACUACUUCGAUCCGUCUUCCAUCAUGGAUGACUCAGUUCUCAAUGUUUCAAUGUUUUAAACAAAUCUGAAGCAUCACAGAGAAUGUGCCGUCAAAAUCCUCGGAAGAGACGACGGACGACGGUCCUCUGUGGACAUCAGAACGAGAGUAAAAUGGACUACUGCAAUUGGUUUGUGAGACACCAACGUUUGCCUCUUCAAUAUUUUGUUAAACUUUUAGAGGGAGAGCCUGAAUUUGAAUUUCGUUCUGAUAUUUUCACACGCUGGAGUUAAUCUAUAAUAGCAGUACAGAUCGUGUGUAUGUGUGGCAGGUACGUGGUGAGGAGAGGAUAACAGACUGAAAUUCAAAUUGAUAUUAUAUACCUUUAACCUUUUUUCAUUUGGUAGACAAAACUUGUCUGAUGUAAAUAUGUAGUGGCCAAUAUACAGGAGAGGUGAACGCAUUUUCACACAUCGGAAACAUAACAGCCCUGCAGAAUAAUCCCACCUUUAUGACUCGUGGACCGUUCAGUCGUUGGACACUGUGGUGACGUUGCACUUUGUCAAAGAGGUGUUAAUUUAACUCGAUGAUAAUUUCACAGCCAUAUUUUUUGAAAUUAUCAUAGGCAGUGAUCGAAGCCUCUCUGAUGCAGUGAAGCAGAAGACUGAGUUAUUAAAGGUGUCGGUGAUAUUGCGUUCACCUGCUGUACUUUUAAAAAUACUGUAGACUUUGGCAUGGCAUGUAGCCAUAUAUCAAAACACGUACUCAGUAAAGUAUAAUGUGAACUGGCGUCUCAUACUGUUCGAAGGCCUCGCCACAAAUGAUAUACGACAUUCUCAGAUUUCUUUGUGAUGGUAUUUUUUAGAAAAUGUUAUGUGUUCUGCUUUUAUACCGUAUAUAGAUGACUUUUGAUUUAUAGAUAUUUUGUAAUGACAAUCAAAAUGUAAAUGAAUGGUUUCUAAUCAUGUUAUUUCACAUAGAUGCUGAAAUAAUCCUUUUUUGAUGAAAAUUAUUAUGCUACUAUAGAUACGGCUGGCUGUUUGUAUUUUUUCUUUUCAUCUCUCUGUAACGUGUGUGCGUGAAUGUAACGCACCACUGAAAUAUAAGAAUUUGACAAAUUGAUGGCUGCGUCUAAAAAUUAUUUUUUAAUAUUGGGAGCAUUCAGUGUCACGCAUAACAAUUUUUACUCAACCGUAAACAUGUAAUCUCUCCUAUAUCUCGAUUAUUUCCCUCCUCUGUAUGAUAUCUAAUAAUAUCUAAUAAUAGAGACAUGCCAUGAUUAGAAUUGAAGAAAAGGACUCGGUCAAGACACGAGUGUUGUUUUCUUUCUUUUUUUUUAGCUUGAAAGUGUGCAGAGGAUUUUUUUUUUUUCCAUUUUAUUUGAUGUACCACUGUUGUGUGUGUAUAAGAGUUAUAAAAAUUAUUCUGAAUCAUAAAGUUUUAGAAAUCUUUAGUCAACUAUUAUAGUAUCAGAAAUGUAUAUUAUACAAUAACAGAUGUGUAAUAUAUUGUGAAUCGGUGCUCGGUUUAUAUUUGCAUUUUUCUGUUUGCUUGAAAUUCUAUAGGGGAAACGUUAAUGAAAUAGAACAUAACUAUUGCAAGUUAACCCACCAGUUUUCGAGUACACAUGCAGCACAUGGUUUUGUUUGCCUUUCAAAUCGAUUGUAGCUGUAUUUCUUUACCUCUGUGUGUCGGCCUGGUUGGCAGAUUCAGAUUUUAUGGAAAAUGAUGUAUUCAUAUUGUAGUUAGAGACAAACCCCCUACUUUCCUGAGAAUCUCACUAUAAACUGGAGGAACGGAUCACAUGGUCAUUACCACAUACACACACUAACUAUCCAUGGUAAGGCAUUUGAGAAAAAUAUAUCUUAGAAUUGCCUGUAAACGUCACAUUAAUCAUUUUAUUUUUGACUUUUUUUUCCUGUUUUGCAUUGAACUGCUGAAAAAUGUGCAUACAUCUGUAUGUUUACACAUAUUUAAAAAUAUUUGUGUAUAAUAAAUUUGUGUUUUUAUUCUA